AAUCAGCUCCGAUCCAACAUGGCUUCUUUCUGGUUCCUCACACUCCUUCUUAAAUGCAUUGAUUUUCUUUCAUGGCCCGUGCUUGCUUUGGGUUAUCCUCUUUAUGCUUCCAUUGAAGCAAUUGAGCAUGAUAGCCAUUCGGACACUCGGAAUUUGAUCUCUUAUUGGAUUCUUCUCUCACUGAUAUACCUCUUUGAGUAUCCUUUCCUCAAGCUUCUUCAAUGGUUUCAGUAUUGGCAUUACAUGAAGCUAAUCAUGGUCGCCUUCUUUGUGAUUCCGGAUUUUGGAAGAUCUGCUUAUGUCUAUAAUCACUUCGUUCAAUCAUGCAUCCACAUGAAUCCUCAAGCAGUCAUAAGCAGAUUCAGGAACUGGAAGAACAUAUUUGUCAAGAAAGAAGACUUUACAAUGCAGGCUGAGAAGUAUAUAACACGAAAUGGAACUGAAGUCUUAGAGCAACUCAUUGCUAGCAAGAACAUAGAGAAAAGUCUCAAUGCAGAAACAAGAAAAUCAGUUCCAACUGCGGAGAAGAAUGAGAUCCUGAAGGCGAAUUUUUAUGUGAAUCUUGAUGGAUGUACAAAUGGAGGAAGGCUUCUCAUGGAACAGAAAGACGCCAAAGAUUUGGAGAUGAUUGAAAAAGAGCAAGUUCCUGAAGGCAAGCAAGUUAAUAGCGCCUUGGAAAGACUCAAAUCAAAUGAAAGCAUUUUAUCUGCCAUGGCGAAAACCGAAAAAAUGGCAGCAGACACCGAACAUGGAACAUAUAAUCCUCAGAUUUCUGCAUCUGAGAAUGUACAGAAAGAAUGGACUUGUGCCAUAUGCCAGCUGACAAUGCCUUCUGAAGCUAAUUUGAAUUCCCACCUGCAAGGAAGAAAGCAUAAGGCUGCUUGUGAAGCACUGAAUACAAAAACUAAAGGAAUGCCGGUGAUAGACACAGGAAGAGGAGCAUCUUCUCAGGUUUCUGCAUGUAAAGAUGUACAGACGAUGUGGACUUGUAAAAUAUGUCAAUUGAGAAUAUUUUCUGAAGCUAGUUUGAAUUCCCACCUGCAAGGAAGAAAGCAUAUGGCUGCUUGUGAAGCACUGAACGGGAAAACUAAAGGAACCGAAGUGACAGACACAGGAAGUGGAGCAUCUUCUCAGGUUUCUGCAUCUAAAGAUGUACAGAAAAUGUGGACUUGUAAAAUAUGUCAAUUGAAAAUAUAUUCUGAAGGUAGUUUGAAUUCCCACCUGAAAGGAAAGAAGCAUAAGGCUGCUUGUGAAGCACUGAACGCAAAAAGCCAGCUUGUUGCUGAGAAAGUUCCGGUGAAGAAGAAUGAUGAGUCCACUGGAGAAGAGGAGAUGAUAAUCUAUACGCCAAGUGCAUUAGAACAGAAUACCACAAACAGUCAUCAUCCAAAAAUGGAGCAUAAGAAUGUUGAAACUAUCAAUAUUAGUCAGCAGAAUAAAAACAAAGACGUUGAUGCCAAUACCACCAAGGUGCAAGAAUUGCAGAAGGACGUAGGAACAUCGAUUGGAAUGAACAGUUCCAGAUUAAGAUGUGAUAUGUGCAAUGUAAAAUGCACUAGUGUAGGUGACUUGGCUUCUCACUUGCAAGGUAGCAAGCACUUGGCUCAAAUUCAAUUACUUACUGCCCAUGGGCAAUGGCCUUGUAGUCUAGUCAUAUAA